CCGCACACCAAUUUUAGCAGUUGUUUGCAGGCUGCAUAGCAACUGCGAUCAGUGCAUUGCAUUUUGACAGGCAGCAAUAAAUAUAAUAGGCUAUUGAAACCCACUCAAAUAACUUUAAAUGGGACGAAUGCUAUAGGCCUACUUUAAAACAAGUAUAAUUAAGGUUGUUGCAUGUAGGUUACAUUUCCCACAGUUCGGAAAGUGUGUUGUUUAAAAAGUUAAAAAUAAAAACCUUACAUUGAUGGCUUUUUGGAAAUCCAACCAGUUUUCCACGUUCAACUACAUUCAACUACAUCACAUUGCAUUUUUUUGUAGAAAUGACAUGUAAACAACGUUGAUUCAACCAGUUUUUGCGCAGUGGGGUAUUUCAGCUGUGAGGCUAUCAAUUUGUCAAGUUGCACACAUAAAAAUACCACAUAAAGCCAAGAACAACACCAUUGUUCUUUGAGUUGACCCCACCCCACCAUUUACCACCGCAAUAAAUAAACUUUGAUGGAGAGGGCUGGAGUGCUUUCUGUUGUCUGUAGCAACCGCGCACCUAUAGCCUAUUCUGCAAAACCAACUCGAGUUGGAGACGAGGCACAAAAAGUUAACCAUUGCCGUCGUACGCAGUGAAUGAACUUCAGCAUAGAGUAGCAUAAACUAUCGAGGAAGCAUUAAUAACGAAUAUAGUUGCUAUCAUCACCAUGUGACGUUUGCGACCGUUUUUAUCCUGGAGUAUGACAGAUACAAUGUCUAGACUGUCCUCGGUUGCUUCUCUUCGACUACCAGCCAUUCAGCACCCGUUAUCAAGACUCAUAGACCCAGAAACCCUCUCUCUCAGAGGCUACUCCAGAAAUUACGCUGGGAGUGACGAAGUUGUACCGCCGCUGUUGCGGGAUGUGGACCUCGACUUUGUUUUCCGAGGUCAAAACACAAGAAGGGCCACAGGUUAUCCUUAUGACAAGGCUCCGCCGAAGCAGAGCAGUUUCAGCCUGGUCUCGCAGCCAAUCCCCGAAGGAGUCGAAGUCUCAGUAGCCCUUGAUCCGGUUAAACCACGGCUGCCCAUCUUUGGUCAGCGGGUGGCACCAGAGAGCAGGGGGAGCCGAGUCACCAGCCUAACCAGUACCAUUAAAACCAGCAUCACCAGCCAAACCAAUACCAGCAGAACCAGUAUCCUUACCAGAACUACUACCGCAGCCUCCUGCCCUGAGGCCCAGCUCAGGAUCCAAGUGGACCAGCUUGAGCACGAGCUCAGGCAGAACAUUCAGUUGUUAGGACACUUGAACCUUCAACGAAUGUUCAAGAACAACCAUCCGGAGGGAAAAGCACUGGCCAACAGAGAUGUGUUGCUGAUGAUCCUCACCAAGUUUCUGGGCCGAUUCAUCACACUGCAGCAGUACAGCCAGUUGCUGCUCCGACUGCAUUUGUCGAAGAAGGCAGCCAUUAGCUUUGAGGAGCUGUGGGAGGCCAUAAGAGAGUCUGGAGCAGGUGGACCAGCCACUUGGUUUAACCCCACCCAGGAUCCCAGCACAGCCACUCCCCUUUCCCCAGCUAAAGUCACAGCCUCCCAGACCCUAUCCCUAUUGCGGGGACAGGCCCAGAACAGGUUCCUGAAGGUCAUAGAGUCACGUCCCACAGAGCUAGGCCUACAGAGGAUCAGUUUGAUUGUAGCUCCAGAGCUGAAGAGAUGUCUUGCACAGUUGGGCCUCAACUUAGAGGACCGGGAGUUUGAGAAGCUUUGGAAGAAGUGUGUUUCCCCCCUCAAAAUCUCUCUCUAUAUAUGUAUAAAUAAUUUAUGAAUAAUACGAUGUGGUACAUAAGUAAAGUAUGAUGAUUUUUGAAACGUUCAACAUUAUAUACUGCAUUUUCUGAAUUUAAGUAUGUGCAUCAGAGUUGGAGUCAAAUCAAAUAUAAGUCAAAUCAAAUUUCCCUAAAA